AUGCAGCGGAUAGUGGAUCACGCCGUAGGCGUCGCCAAGGAAUCCGUCAAAGCCGCAUCUCGCGAGGCGUUUCACAACACGGCCAACUUCGUCAACUCGGCGUCAGCGCUGGUGCUGGCGUGUCUGCCCAACAAGUCGCCCAUCACUGAAGGUCUCCAUGGCUCUUGGGAUCUCCGCCCUAACUUCCGCUCCCCGCGCCUCCCCGCCUGGAUGGCUCAAGGCGGUUCCUCCCUGAACGCCUUUCUACACGAGUUCGUCGACACUAUAGACGAGUUUCACCUCGACUCCAGCUCCAACUACGGUAACGAGGACGACGAAAACGAGGACAGCGACGCGGAUAGCGAGGAGGACAAUAACGAGGAUGAGGAUGACAGGGCGCACGGGGUGUUGGAGGAUCUACAGCUCUUCUGGAAGCUCGUGAUCGACGCUUCUUUGAUGCCGUGCGGUCGACACGGGGUGUUGGAGGAUCUGCAGCUCUUCUGGGAGCUGGUCAUCGAGUGCUUCUUUGAUGCCGUGCGGCACGGGGUUCUAGAGGACUUACAGCUCUUCUGGGAGCUGGUCAUAGAGCGCUUCUUUGAUGCCGUGCGGUACCCCUACGAGGCAAUCAAGGUGGUGACAGAGGACGGGUAUGUGCUGACACUGGAGCGCAUCCCAAGGAAGGACUCUUCACGAGUGGUGUUUCUGCAGCAUGGCAUUCUCGACAGCUCCAUUGGGUGGGUGUCGAAUGGUGUGGUGGGGUCUCAAGCUUUUGCAGCCUACGACCAAGGCUUCGACGUGUUUCUGGGCAACAUGCGGGGCUAUGUCACCAGGCAGCACGUGGAUCUGCGCAUCUCUGCCAGCAGGUACUGGCGCUACAGUGUGAACGAGCAUGGCAUGUGUGACAUCCGAGCCAUGAUUGAUUGCAUCCACCACACCAAGAUGCGUGACCUCGCCCCGCCUCCCCGUCCCUCUCUCGUCCCACCUCAGCAACAGCAGCAGCAGCAGCAGCAGCAGCAGCAGCAACCCGUGAACCCCCAGCAGAGUCAGGAGCACCACCAAUGGCGGCAACCCAGCGCUUCAGCAGCAUUAGACGCCCUGGGACUCGUGCACAGCGAUUCUUCACUCCACUCUGGGCCUGCUGUACAUAGUAGCGGUUUUGAUACAGGGGGGGGAGGAGGGGCUGAUACGAUGUAUCGGGACAAGCCACAAACGGGUACAGGUGGUUCUGGGUGGACACCUGGCAGCCAGACGAUGCAGGAUGGCGUGAUGACGUGGCAGCCAGGCUGGCACGAGGUGCGGCCCGCUCCUGUUUCGCUGAUAGAUGCUCUGAGGGAGAGGCGAGAGGAGGAGAGGAGGGAGGGGGAGAGGAGGCAGGAAGAGAGGAGAGGGGAAGAAGCAGUGGCGCACAGCCUGGGAGGGGCGGCCAUGAUGAUCUACCUCGUCACCCAGUUGAUUAGGAGACAACCCCACCGCCUCUCCCGCCUCAUCCUCCUCUCUCCGGCUGGCUACCACAAGAAGACCCCGCUCCUAUUCGACGUGAUGCUGUUCCUCAUGCCAUACAUCGACUCGUGGCUCUCCCAGUCAGUUCCGGCCGUCUACAUCCCCACGCAGGGCCUGCGUCUGCUCUUCAACAAGCUCGCUCAGGACUUUCAGAACCUCCCUGCAUUGCGCUGCCUGGUGCAGGUUCUAAUCUCAAAUAUUCUAGUGGGAGGGGAUUCAUCCGACUGGGUGGGAGCGUUACGUCAGCCGCACUACAACAUGUACAACAUGCCUGGCAUCGCCUACAACGUCAUGAAGCACUUAGCUCUCACCAAGCGAGAGCGCCGAUUCAUCAUGUUCGACUACGGCUCCCCCGCAGCUAACCUCGCAGUGUACGGUUCUCCCGAACCAGUGGACAUUGGAGCGUUUUACCGUCUUAUUGAUAUCCCGAUAGAUGUUGUCGCCGGGCGGCGCGACCGUCUUAUUCCCCGGGAGAUGGUCCACUGGCACUACAAGACGCUGAUAGCCGCUGGGCGGCAGGCGUCUUACCGGGAGUUUGAGUACGCGCAUUUGGAUUUCACGCUUGCACAUAAAGAAGAGCUACUAGCAUAUGUGAUGCGGAGGUUGAGGGUUGAUUUGCCGAAGCUGCACCUCAUGCCGAACCUGUCGCCGAACCGGUCGCCGAACCUGCGGCCCCGCGUGGCGGAGUUUGACAGGUCGAGGAGUUCGCCUGCUAUGGCUGGGAUGGCAGGGUCGCAACUGAGGGAGGUGUAUUUGGACGGAUGCAUCAAUAAAAUCACAGUGAUGCCAGCUUCCCUUACAGUCCUCUCUUCCCUUCGUUUACUGCACAUUCAGUCCAGCUGUCUGCUCGAAUUUCCUGAGAAUUUAAGCUCCCUAUCCUGCUUGCAAGAGCUCUCCCUUUGGUGCUGGAAGCUUUCCUUUCUGCCCGAAUCCAUCGGGCAGCUAUCUUCCUUGACAAAGUUGGAGCUGGUUUAUUGCUCCAGUCUUCCGCAACUGCCCGAAUCACUCACCCAAUUGCCCGCCCUCACUACCCUCAACGUUUCCCACUGCUCCAAUCUGUUCGACCUGCCCCAGAAUUUUGGGCAGUUGAAGGCUCUGCAAACGUUUACAUUAGCUGGGGGAUCUUUUUCGACGGACUUACCGGACUCUUUUUGUAGGCUGCCCGGUCUUAGCAAGCUUGAAUUGAGGCAUGCCUAUUGGCUCGACACCUUCCCAUCGUCCAUCUCCUCCCUCCAAAACCUUCAUUCCCUUGACCUGAGCAUCUGCAAUUGGCUCAAGAAUCUGCCCGAAGAAAUCGGGCAGCUGCAGAAACUAGAGGAGCUGAGACUGACCGACUGUCUGAAAAUCAACCGCCUUCCAGACUCCAUCUGCUCUCUUCCCAACCUGAAACUCAUCUCUCUCCAAAAAUGUUUCAGUAUAGAGUGCCUCCCUACCGCGUUAGGAAAUCUGUCCUCCUUGACCCAUCUCGAGCUUUUGAAACUUGCCAAGCUGACCGCCUUACCCACCUCUUCACAAGAUCUGCGGAACCUAGAAGUUCUUAUAUUGAAGGGGUGCAAAUCGCUUGCGAGUGUGCCAAGGCUGCUGUUGCAGCAGCAGCCUCGCUUGAAGCACCUCAUGUUGGAUCACUUUCCGUGCUUAGACCAACUGCUGCUGGAUAUGGGCGCUACAGCUGCCACAGUCACUGCAACCGCUACAGCCGCGGCAGCCCCUACAGCCGCUACAGCCGCCGCAACAGCUGCUUCUGCUGUUCCGGAUUUCCCUCCUGCUGCUGCCUCAGACCCCCCUUUGUCUGCCACUCCCCAGCUCCUUCCUGCUGAUCCAAAUUCAAGCCAUCUGACGGUAGAAGCCCCACCUCUCCUCCUGCCUCCGUCCCUCACUCACAUAGAGCUCGCUCGCAGCAGCACCAUCUCAGCCCUCCCCUACUCACUCUCCUGCCUCACCAGCCUCCAAACCCUGUCCGUUCGCCGCUUCUGCUCCCUCCGCUCCCUCCCCUUCGUGAGCUGUCCAUCGCUCACUCUUCCUUCCAGCUGUCCCUUGCGCCAGCUGGCGCCUUGCCAGGUGUCGGACCAAGUGGCAGCGUGCCAGCUGGCUAAGCUGCAGGAAUUGAGGAUUGCGUUCUGCAAGAAGUUGACGCGCCUUCCUGAUUCGCUGCACCUCCUCCUCCCCAUGCUCUCUCGCCUUGUCCUGUUCAGCUGCACUGCCCUUUCUACGCUGCCCGAAGAUCUGGGUCAACUUAAGAAACUUUCUUACCUGGAGCUGUCCCGCUGCACAGCUCUGAAAGAGCUUCCAGACUCUCUUUGUGUGUCAACAUCAUUGGAACAACUCAUAAUCUCCUCCUGCCCAUCAAUAUCUUUUCUGCCUGCAAAUAUUGGGCAGCUGCCAUCUCUCAAAAGGCUCUCCUUGGAAAACUGCAAGGGUUUGACAUCGCUGCCCGGAUCUCUGGUCCAAGCGCCAACUCUUUCCUACCUGCUGGUUUCGGGGUGUGCGGAAUUGGUAGGAUUGCCCGAAGAUUUGGGUAUGCUCAAGUCGUUAGAAGUUCUCAUUGUGCGAUCGUGCGACAAGAUUCUUGAGCCACCUGCCUCGUUGGCGUAUGCAACGAGACUGAGGAAGUCUCAGCUGGACCGAGCCGUGGCCAUUUUGGACCAUGGCGGGGUGACAAAGCUGAUAGCCCAUCCCAGCGGCAGAAGCGCAUUUCAGGUUCGUGGCAACCCCAGGAGCUCUGCCUUUCACAUCUGCCUGCCCCACCACUACUGCCCGUGCCAAUCAUUUUUCUAUGACGCAGUGUCUCGUGGCGAGCAGCUCAUGUGCAAGCAUUUACUCGCCACUCGGCUAGCUGAGUCACUGAAGUGUUACAACGUGGCACAUGUCAGCGAUGGUGCUCUGUGCUUGGCCCUGUCACAGAUGUAG